AUGGAUGUUAAUGUGAGUAAUCUACAACCCCUUUUGGAAAACGUUUUACCACAGAAAACUCCGAAAACCCCAGCACAAAAAACCAUGAGAAAGGCAUUCAAGGGCACAGCACAUUUGUCGAAGCUUCUUCCAACAGGAACAGUGCUAAUAUUCCAAACCCUGUCACCACUUUUCACUCACCAAGGGCAAUGCAAAACCGUUUCAAACAAAGCCAUGACCAUCGUUCUCUUGAGCCUUUGCAGCAUCUCAUGCUUUGUUCUCUCCUUCACUGACAGCUUCAGGGAUGAGAGGGGGAAGGUGAGAUAUGGGGUGGCAUCAGUGAAUGGGAUAUGGGUUAUGGAUGGAUCAGUGAGACUUCCUGCAAAAGAGGCAGAAAAGUAUAGGCUAAGGUUCAUUGAUUUCUUCCAUGCAUUCAUGUCAAUAUUGGUUUUCUUGGCAAUUGCACUCUUUGAUGGAAGUGUGGUGAGUUGUUUUGUUCCAAAGCCUUCUGAGGAAAUCAAAGAGCUUCUCAUGCUUUUGCCUGUUGGGAUUGGCACUGUGUGUAGCCUUUUUUUUGUUGCAUUUCCUACCCAGAGACAUGGGAUUGGUUUCCCUCUCUCUCGUAAUUAG